AUGUCUUCCCGUUUCGUCUCAGCAGGCGCCAUUGACGCCGCCACAGGCCAAGCCACCACCACCAUAACCACCACCACCACCACCAACAACCCUCCUGCGCCCCUAACAAAAAAACAACAAGAAUGGGCCGCCGCCACCGCCCAGCUGGAGGCCGACCGCCAGCGCCGCGCCCUCCAGCAGCAGCAGCAGCGAGGAGCAGGCGAGAAGUCGCUGUACGAGGUCCUGCAGGCCAACAAGGCGGCCAAGCAGGCGGCGUUCGAGGAGGCGCACCGGCUGCGCAACCAGUUCCGCGCGCUGGACGACGACGAGGUCGAGUUCCUCGACGAGGUGCGCAUGCGCGCGCGCAGGCAGGAGGAGGAGGCCCGCCGGGAGGUCGAGAGGGGGCUGGAGGGGUUCCGCCGUCGGGCGCAGGCGGCGGCGGGCGGGGGUGGGAGGGUGUCCGAAGGGGUGGAGGCGGGACAAGGGGGGGAGGAGGUGGAGGAGGAGGAGUGGGAUUUUGGGGGUGGUGGUGGUGAUAAGAAGAGGAGGAAGGGGGCUGGUGCUGGUGGUAGCAGGGAGAGGAAGAGAAUCUUUAAAGGGGUUGCGGUGAAGAGAAGGGAGUCAGGGGCUGGGGGUGGUGAUGCGGAGGAAGGGGGAACUGGAAAGGAAGGGGAACUGGGUCGGGAAGAUGGGGGAGAGAAGGCGAAGGAGCAGCCAUCAUCGUCAUCUGGAGACGGAAAGGGAGAGCAAGCGGCGAAGCCGGCGGCUCCCGCGCCGGCACCACCACCAUCCGCCUUGGGAACGAGUGAGGUAAAGAAGUCUAACGGUCUACUGGUCGACUACGACUCGGAUGAUGACGACGAUUGA